AUGGAACCUGACCAAAAAAUUGAAGAAAAUGAAGAAAUCCCGCCUGAGCCAAGCAUAGAAAUACGAUUUUUAUGCAUGAAAUUAAGAUAUUGAUGGUACCUAAUCCUAUUUUUGCAGCAUACUCUUGUAGUCUGGAUGAUAGGCUGCCUUGGCACUCGUCGCUGGGUUCGCCAAGGGGAUGACGAAACAGAAUGGGAAGGCGGUCUAUUCUACGUUGAAACUGGCUGGCCCCAAAUUUCAGGGGAGUCCUACUACAAGCUAAAAGAUAAAAGCUCUUUAGAUAACGAGCAAACAAAAGACACGUUUAAAAAUCUAUAUAGUGCUGCUGAAGCUUAUAGGUGUUCUCCCUAUAUAGCCCGAUAAGGGCAGUGGGUUCUCCAUGGAAUCCCUCUGCUGGUUGAACCAACCAGUGAAUUGGUCAAACCAACGCACUGAGUUGGUUUAACCAACAGAGGGAUUCCACGGAGAACCCACAGCCCUUAUCGGGCCAUAUAGGGAAAACCCCUAUAUACCUUUUUUGAGCUCCUUUCACUAAUUUUCCUUACUGUUUGAAUGAUUAGGGUGGCUUUUCAUCUGAUGGAAAAACGCUUCUGUAAAAAUUGGGUAUCAUAUUUAUGGCCAUCUUUUGGGUUCUUUUGUCAUUUGUUAGGACUUCUGAUAUGGGCAGGAGUCAGCGACUCAGGCUAUGAUGCAGAUUGCAAAGAUGUGUCUGAUAAAAAAGUUUGCUGUACGAAUGGGCCGACACUGUCAGUUCUUACUUGUUUGCUUUGGAUUUUUUAUGGAUCGAUUUAUAUUUUCAUAUUUUUGCAUAGGAAUGGGAUAGAAGUAUAUGAAGAAAAAGAUGUGGAAGUGGAAAAAGAGUAG